GGAAACCUUCGUUUUUUAUUCUCGAGGUCUAUGACUACCAGUGUGUAAUAGGAACGGGUCAAAUGGGAAUGGGGAUUGCGCUGGUUGCAGCAAACGUUGCUCAAUUACCUGUUAAAAUUUACGAUUCUAAUCCUAAGCAAAUCGAAAAAGGGUUGAAAUUUGUCGACAGUUUGCUUGAAAAAGACGUUGGAAAAAAUAAGAUGACAAGCGAACACGCACAUUCAACUAGACUACGCAUCACAAAUGCAUCAAGUCUCUCUGAUUUCUCGGACGUGGAUUUUGUAAUUGAAGCGGUAUCGGAAAAUUUUUCAGUAAAAAAAAAUAUAUUUGAAGAAUUAGAUAAAUUUCUAGAUGCAAAUGCAAUUAUGGCUACAAAUACAAGUAGCAUUAGCAUUACAAAAAUUGCGGCCGUUACAACGAGGCCCCAGAAGGUCAUUGGAAUGCAUUUUAUGAAUCCCGUGCCAGUAAUGCAACUUGUGGAAAUCAUCCUAGGAUUGGAUACUUCAAAUGAAACGUUAACAGUAACACGAAAUUUGGCUGAAGCUAUGGGUAAAACCCAUACUAAAUCGCAAGAUGUUCCUGGAUUCAUUGCUAAUAGAUUACUAAUGCCUUAUAUCAAUGAAGCAGUGAUUGCUUUAGAACAAGGCAUUGCCAGCAAAGAAGAUAUUGACACCACUAUGAAACUUGGAACAAACGUUCCAAUGGGACCUUUGAAAUUGGCCGAUUUUAUUGGUUUGGAUACUUGUUUAGCAAUUAUGAAAAUAUUGCACAAUGAAAUAGGAGAUAGCAAGUAUAGACCUGCUAUAUUAUUACAAAGAUAUGUAGAUGCCGGAAAGUUGGGCAAAAAAACUGGAGAAGGAUUUUAUUCAUGGAAAUAA